AAAAUAUAAACAUUGCAACAGUAAAACGUGCGACCCAGCAGCGGCCGCCUUCAGUUAAUAAUAUUCAGUAAAAAACCUGUAAAAUCCAUCGUAUUUCCCAAUAAAUCAACAUGGGUAAGAAACGGAAGCACGCCGAAGAUGAGCAGGACCGAAAGGAUUAUGAUCUUCCGGCCAAGCACAUGAAUACAAGCCACAUACGAUCGAACGAACGCAGACUCGUCAUUAUCCUGGAAGGAGCGCAGUUGGAAACGGUGAAGGUAGGCCAAGUUUUCGAACUUCUGAACUGCGACGAUCAUCUGUCGAUAUUGAAGAAAAAUGGCCGGGAUCCUGGUUCUUGCCGGCCGGACAUCACCCAUCAGUCCCUGCUGAUGCUGAUGGAUUCGCCACUGAACCGGGCUGGACUGCUGCAGGUUUACAUAAAAACGGAGAAGAACGUGCUGAUAGAAAUAAAUCCACAGACAAGAAUUCCUCGGACGUUCCGACGAUUCGCUGGUUUGAUGGUUCAACUGUUGCAUAAAUUCAGCAUCAAGGCCAACGAUUCGCCGAAGAAGUUGAUGCGAGUCAUCAAGAAUCCCGUCACCGAUCAUCUUCCGGUGGGCUGUCGUAAGUAUGCUAUGUCGUUCAGCGCAUCGGAGGUCAAGCAUCCACGCGAACUGGUUCCAAAGGUUGACGAACCGGUUGCCUUGGUUGUGGGUGCCUUUGCCCAUGGAGCUCUGAAUGUGGAUUACACUGAAGGCAAUUUUUCCAUCAGUAACUAUCCGCUAUCAGCUGCGUUGGCGUGCACAAAGUUGUGUUCUGCUUUUGAGGAGACCUGGGGUAUAAUAUAGAAAAUGGUAGAUUCCA